AUGUCAUCAUUAGCAGCUCCUUAUCGGAUCGGUGUCGACGUCGGCGGCACCAACACGGACAGCGUCAUAUUGGAUGUUCGUGCCACGAAUGAAGUAAAUCGCGGGGUGAUUGCUCAGCAUAAAACCCCAACUACAAGUCCCAAUGUUACCGAUGGGAUAGAAAGUGCCGUUCUCAAUGUCCUUGAGCAGUCCAAGGUACCGAGAGAUCAAAUUGCCUGCCUAACCAUUGGGACAACGCAUUUUAUCAACGCCAUAGUGGAACACGAUGCUCGACGCCUAUCAAAAGUGGCCAUCAUCCGGCUUUCCAAGAGUUUCACGAGAGAGGUACCCCCUUUUUCAGACUUCCCACCAGUUCUCAAGUCAAUUAUGAACGGCUACUACACCUACGUUGACGGUGGGCUCACUAUUGAUGGAGCAGCAGAAUCACCUAUAAAUGAAACUCAGGUGGUCAAAGAAUGUGCCAAAAUUAAAGAGUUAGGGUUAGACGCAGUCGUCAUCUCUGGUGUAUUCUCUCCAAUCGACAAGCAUUUUUUCCAAGAAGACAAUGUUCGAAAGAUCAUUCAAAGAGAGCUACCUGGAGUUGAUAUUGUUUGCUCUUCUGAAGUCUCCCAGAUUGGAUUCCUUGAGCGUGAGAAUGCAUCUAUUCUCAAUGCCUCUAUCCUCAGGUUUGCACGGCGCACCAUCCGAGGCUUUAAGUCAGCAAUGAAACGCUUAAGCCUGAACUGUCCUCUAUACCUUACUCAGAACGACGGAACUUUGAUUGACGCUCCUUCUGCUUCAAGACUUCCAAUCCGUACUUUUUCCUCUGGACCAACCAAUUCUAUGAGAGGAGCUGCAUAUUUAGGACUUAGCGGGCCAGAUGAUACCGGAAAUGACCGUACGGCAACGAUUGUCGUUGAUAUUGGUGGUACUACCACGGACGUUGGAGUAUUACUCCCGUCUGGAUUCCCGCGUCAGGCUUCUGCGUAUGUCGAAGUAGCUGGCGUGAAGAUCAAUUUCGGCAUGCCCCAUGUCGAAUCCAUUGGUCUCGGGGGUGGUUCCAUAGUCCGUCACAAAGGAGCCAACACUACCAUUGGACCGGAUUCUGUCGGCCAUUAUCUCAGCACCAAAGGCACUGUAUUCGGAGGAGACACACUUACAGCAACAGAUAUUGCUGUGGCUGCUGGAGCCAAGAUUGGCAACCCCGACUUGGUCAAGGAUUUGGACAAGGAGCUGGUUUCCGCUGCGCAGGCAAGAGUGAAAACUAUGCUGGAAACAGUUAUUGACCAAAUGAAAACUUCACCAGCCCCUUUACCUGUACUGCUAGUCGGAGGCGGCUCAAUUUUGGCUCCAGCGGAACUCGAUGGCGUGUCAAAGGUCAUUUUUCCCCCAUUUCAUUCCGUUGCAAACGCAGUCGGUGCUGCCAUGUCUAAGGUUGGCGGCACAGUUGACUCUAUUGAGAGUACGGCUGAAAAGACUGUAGCCGAAGUUGUUGAUGAAGCCAAAGCCAGGGCGAUUGAAAAAGCGGUUGCCUCUGGUGCCAUCAGAGAGACAGUAUACCUGGCCGAGGUUGAUUCGAUGCCUCUUCAAUACGUCGCAAACCAAGUGCGCGUUAUUGCGCGUGCUGUUGGUGAGCUGUCGCCUGAAGGUGUCCUAACUCUCGACAACAUACGAAAUGAUGGAGAUGAUGACGAAGGAGAUGAUACAAUAUAUAACGAGGUUCCUAAGCAGAAUCUUGAGACCGAAGAGUUCAACGCCAACACAAUAGAUGUUGCAACCUACCGCCCGAAAGUCGUGCAAAACCCUCAAACAGGGAUUGACGAAUGGAUUGUUUCCGAAACAGAUGUUGCCUGGCUUGCUGAUGGGUGCUACGUCCUGGGAUGUGCUGGUGGAGGCUCGCCUUUCAGUGAACACAUCCGAAUUCGCGAUCAGAUACGGCAAGGACACAUUAUACGUAUCAUUGACCCAUAUUCCGUAAAAAAGGAUGCUGUGAUAUAUUUACUGAUGCCAGUGGAAGGGGGCGGUCACAUGGGUUCUCCAGCUGUCUCUGUAGAACGACAAGCAAACAACGAGACCGAACAAUCCAUCCAUGCCCUUAUGGAGUAUCUCAAUCAUGGCAGCUUUGACGCUGUAAUGGGAGUAGAAAUCGGUGGCGGCAAUGGUAUCCUGCCUCUUUCUAUCGGCUCGUCAAAGCAUUUUGAUCGCCCUGUAGUCGAUGCUGAUUGGAUGGGUAUGUAUCAAUCUUCCUUUCCAUUUGAUAUUUCUGAUAUUUAUUGUUUUUUGCGCUUGGCCGCCCGUCCUACUACAGGCGACAAAAUGUUAAGGUUCGGUGUACUCAAUACCAUGUCCCUUGCGUGGCGUAUUGGGCGUUGCAUCGCGCGUGCAAAUGCUACCAACACCAUUAGCACCGUGGCUGAACAGAUGAUUGACGAGGUUGGCGGUCCUGAAUCUGGUAAGAUUCUCUUCAGAGGAAAGAUAGUUGCCGUGGAAAGACGACUAUUCAAGGGCCAUUCUUAUGGCGAAAUCACAAUUCAACAAGUCCUUAACAAAGAAGUCGAGUCAAGUAUAGCAGACGAGCUCUCAGGAGAUGCAAGGCGAUCAUCGACACCUGUGGCCACCGGGGGUGUCCUAAAGAUCCCUUUCAAGAACGAAAAUAUCUAUGCCAAACACAUUUCCGACGAAGGCGUCGAGAAAUAUGUGGCAACAGUGCCUGAUCUGAUCUGCGUCCUUGACACACAGUCUGGAAAGGCGCUUGGGGUCCCCGAAUUCAGAUAUGGUGUUAUGGUAACUGUGUUGGGAAUUGCAUGUUCCCCACGAUGGUCAGAUACCGAAAGAGCACUGGAGAUUGGCGGGCCAGGGGCGUUUGGAUAUAAGGAUAUCAAAUACGUUCCCUUGGGUAAAUACGUAGAGCCCAAAAGUGUUGUGACGGAAUACGCAGAGCGACUAGAUAUAUAUUCGACUGAGAAGGAGGAAAAGGCCAAAAUAACACCGAGGACUUAUGUUGAUCCUGAUGAUAUCAUCAAACACUUUCGAGAAGAUUUCGACAAAGAACAGGAGCGGGAAGCUUCUGCCAUCUUUACCUCAAAUGCCGUCUCGUCUGUAACGCCGUAUUCAACGAGAUAUUCCAGCAAAGAGGAGAUACCUAAAUUCAAAAUCCCUAAGCUAGGUGCUCGCGCAGAUGCGGUGCAUCAUAUGCUGAGCAAUGAACUCGAUCUAGAUGGUAUCCCGAAUCUGAACAUGGCAAGUUUCGUUGGUACUUACAUGGACCGAGAAGCAAACCAACUUGUAGUUGAGAAUAUCAGUAAGAAUCUAGCGGAUGCAGAUGAGUAUCCUGCGUUAAUGGCUAUACACGCAAGAUGUAUAUCCAUGAUAUCCAAUCUAUGGAACCCACGACCAGGAGAAGAAGCCACCGGAUCUGCGACAACUGGGUCCUCUGAAGCUAUCAUGUUGGGUGGGCUGGCCAUGAAAAAGAACUGGCAGCAGAAACGUAAGGAUGAAGGAAAGGACAUCUCUAAUCCAAAUAUCAUCAUGGGAUCAAAUGCUCAGGUAGCUCUCCUGAAAUUCGCCAGGUACUUUGACGUUGAAGCUCGAGUUCUGGAUGUAUCCGAGAAGAGCCAAUUUCGUCUCGACCCAGAUUUGGUUAAGAAAAAUGUGGACGAGAAUACCAUUGGGAUAUUUGUGAUCCUUGGAAGCACCUAUACUGGCCACUAUGAACCUGUCGAAGAGAUCUCUAAUAUCCUGGAUAGCAUACAGUCCGAAACCGGUAUAGAUGUCCCCAUUCAUGUUGAUGCUGCCAGCGGUGGAUUUGUGGCACCAUUCACUGACGCAGGGGCUGGAGGGCCAAAAUGGAAUUUCGAACUUCCUCGAGUGAAGUCAAUCAAUGCAUCCGGACAUAAGUACGGUCUCGUGUAUGCAGGAUUGGGUUGGAUAAUCUGGCGAGACCGCUCCUAUCUGCCAAAAGAGCUCAUCUUCGAGCUUGAUUAUCUCGGGAGCAGAGAGGAGACUUAUACAUUGAACUUCUCCAGGCCUGGAGCACAGGUAAUUGGCCAGUAUUAUAACUUCAUCCGCCUUGGGUUCAAUGGGUAUCGAGAAAUCAUGGAAAACUGUUUGGCAAAUGCAAGACUGCUGAGCAAAACUUUGGAACGGACUGGAUGGUUUGUCUGUUUGAGCGAUAUCCACCGGAAGAAAGGGGAAUUCUACCACCAGCAUCUGGACAAAAUUACGCCCUAUAAGGAGGACGAAACGUCUGCUGACUAUAACGCUGGUUUGCCAGUGGUAACAUUCCGAUUCUCAGAUGCAUUCAAAGAGAAUUAUCCCCAUGUGAAGCAAGAGAGUAUAAGCCUCCUGCUGAGGUCGAAGCAGUAUAUAAUUCCCAACUACCCUUUACCUCCCAAAGAGCAGGACACGGAGAUUCUGCGGGUGGUUGUCCGGGAGAGCAUGGCCGCAGACCUCAUCGACAAGCUUGUGGCAGAUAUUGCUGCAGUCACCGAGAGGCUGAUGAAAUCCGACCCUGUCGACCUGUCUGCACUCCAGACAGGCCCAACCAAUCUUGAGCGGCGUCGAGUGAGAAACAGAGAGCAUCCUCACAAGGUCACAAAGCGGCCAAGCGGAAAGAAAGAAAAGACUGCAGGCCAUCCGAUGAGAAGUGGAAUCCACCGCUCUGUUUGUUAG